CAACCGGAUCGCGGAGAAUCUGGCCGGAGAUUUUGCCUCACCGAGUUUCAUUUAUGACAAUUACUACCUUUACCGAGAGAGCACACUUUUAACAAGUGCCUCUUCGUUACGAGUGUUUUUCUCCACGCCCGUGGAAUAAGACCUAAAAACAUCUUCAACAUCAAUGCAAGGAGCAUGAAAUCUUAACGCCAAUUGUUGAACGAGUGAUUGCAGCUUUGCAUGUUGUGAGGCACGACCUUUGCUUCGAGGUGCACCCUGGAGAAUUGCGUAUCGACUCAUUUUCGCGUCUCGUUUUAAACUGAAACGCUCGGUUGUAUCCUAGAUAUCAGAUACUUGAUCGGUUUUCCAUUCGUCUUGGAUUUUUUUUUUUUUUGCUGUACAGAACCUACAGGGAAAUAAUUUACCGUCGCAUCCCUUUUCAUCUUCACUAUGAAUUACCUGCGACGUCGACUAUCGGACAGUAAUUUCAUGUCCAACUUGCCCAAUGGCUACAUGAGCGAUUUACAGCGGCCCGAUCCGCCGCAGCAGAGCCCAGCCCCGGUGCUCUCGCCGGGCUCUCAAGAGAUGCGUCAACCCCCCAGCCAGUCUACCGGCGCCGGCUUCUUUUCCUCCAUUUCCAACGCCGUCAAACAGACCACCGCCGCCGCCGCCGCUACCUUUAACGAGGCCACAGAGAGAGGAAUCGGCUCGAGCAACGCCAGGAUCCUCCUAGUCAUCGAUGACCAGCAGACAGACUGGGCAAAGGUGUUCAAAGGCAAGAAGGUUCAUGGUGAAUUUGACAUCAAAGUAGAACAGGUGAGACUUUUUUUUAAUUCUUCCAAACUAACAGAGCAGUACAACUCAACAAUGUGCCAGUGUAAUGAAUUAGAUGUUAGAUUUACCAAAACACAAUUUAGGUGUUUCAAGCCAGAUUUUGUGCUGGUGCGACAGCAUGCUUUUAGUAUGGCCAAGAAUGGUGACCACAGAAACAUUGUGAUUGGACUUCAGUAUGCUGGUCUGCCCAGUGUCAAUUCCCUUCACUCAGUCUACAACUUCUGUGACAAACCAUGGAUGUUCGCUCAGUUGUCCAGAUUGUACAAGCAGUUGGGUCCAGAGGAGUUCCCACUGAUCGACCAGGUUUAUUACCCCAACCACAAGGAGAUGAUCACCACACCUGGCUUUCCUGUGGUAGUGAAGAUGGGUCAUGCUCACUCUGGCAUGGGAAAGGUCAAAGUGGACAAUCAAUAUGAUUUCCAAGACAUUGCUAGUGUUGUAGCUUUGACAAAGACGUAUGCCACAUCUGAGCCUUUUAUUGAUGCCAAGUAUGACAUCCGAAUCCAGAAAAUCGGUGACAAUUACAAGGCCUACAUGAGGACAUCUAUAUCAGGCAACUGGAAGACCAACACUGGAUCAGCCAUGUUAGAGCAGGUGGCCAUGUCUGACAGGUAUCGUAUGUGGGUGGACGUAUGCUCUGAGGUUUUCGGAGGUCUUGAUAUAUGCGCUGUAGAGGCAUUGCAUGGUAAAGACGGUCGAGAUUACAUCAUAGAGGUCGUGGGCUGCUCAAUGCCUCUCAUAGGAGACCAGCAGGAUGAGGACCGGGCUCUAAUAGCUGAUCUUGUUGUGGGUAAAAUGAACCAGACUGUGGCACGCACUUCAGCUCCCACUCCAGUCCGUUCUCAGGUCCCAGCUGUUUCACCUCAACCCAUCUCUCAGUCUAGAGUCCCCCAGGCACAACAGCGCCCUCCUCCACAGGGAGGUCCACAACAAGCAGCUGCUAGCACUACUGCUGCCCGUCAAGGAGCCCCACCACAACAGCGUCCCUCUCCCCAGGGCCAGCCCCCUGCCCAAACCCAGUCUGUGACCAGUCCUAAUGCCCAGAACCCCCCUGCCCAACAAACCCGGCCCAAUCAUCCCCCACAGCGACAAGCCAGUCAAGGGGCCGCAGGUCAGCAGAGGCCCCCCACAGCACAGGGUCCCGCCCAGCGUGGCCCGGGUGGCUCUCCUCAGUCACCGAGGCCCCAGCAAGGUGGUCCGCAACAGCAGCCACAGAGGCCUCAAACUGGUGGCCAGGGUCCCAAACCAGCUGGCCAGCCUCAGCAGAAGCCUCAACAGCCAAGACAAGGCCAGCCAACCAGGCAGCCCACCCAGGGUGGGUCACAGCCGAGCCAGGACGCCCCUCAACCAGCCCCGCAACAGCAGGGCAGUCCCCGCCCUCCUACCACUCAGCAACCACGGCCUACGGCACAGGGCCAGGGAGGUCCAGGAGGUGCACGACCUCCCCUGCAGCAGAAACCCACACCUCCACAGAAACCAAGUCCUGAUCACCCGGCUCUGAGUGGAUCGCCACAGCUUAACAAAUCCCAGUCUCUUACCAAUACAUUCAACAUUCCAGAAACGCCGGCCGCCCAGCACCAAAGUCCUAGUCAGGAUGAAGCCAAGGCUGAGACCAUCCGCAACCUUCGGAAAUCCUUUGCAAGCCUCUUCUCCGUGGAAUAAACACACACACACACACACACACACACACACAAACACACACAGACAGAGAGGUUAUGGAGUCUCUAAAAAAACAUGCAAACACAGACACUCAAUUAUACACAGAAAGGACCAAUUAUAUCACACAUUGCAGUGCACAUCAGAUCUGUGCACGUCAAUUUGCAAUGCGACAUAAUAAAACACUGCCUGCACUGAUAAAGACUGCAAUAUGAAGUGAGAAAUCACAGCAUUACUGCAGUUAAAUCUUUUAAAAUAACUGAAUUCUUUAGACACAUUCCCAGUUUUUCGAGUCCAACUAAUGGAGGGAGGUGUGAAAAUAAAAUACCACACACAGAAACACUCGCACGCACCCUUUUACACUACCUACACAGUGACUGGACCAACAUACACUUAGCACACGUGCUAAAUCUUGCCUAUUCAUUCCAGUCUCCUAUUAUUAACUUAUAAUCCUAGAUUCUUUUUGAAAAUUUAAAGUUUUGGUGGACAUUUUGUUGUAAAACCAUCCACCGCCACGCUCUCUCAGAUAUAUGAUAUCUGAAGUAUGUCUGCUAAUUGUCUGAAGCAUGUUCUGUUACAAUAAGGGGCACCAUCUAAUGAUUUUAACCGUGCGUCACAUUGUACUGUAACCGAAUGGUUUAUCGUUCCGUAUUUUACAUGCUUGAGCAGGAUUUUGGAUUUUGCAAUGAUGACCCAUUGUGACAUUGUUUAAAUUUUGCACAAGCUUCCAUCAUCGAAACUAACCCCCUCGGCUGUUAGCACUAGCCACUUGCGAUACUUGCAUGUCACUUAAGGAGAACGUAGUCGCACAAUGUGGGUGGUCUUGCUUUGUGUCGUGUCGUUGCACCUUGAUAAGGUAGUUGUAGUGAAAAUGUUGUUUAUUUUUCGUGAGCAAGCUGUCGCUGCUUCCCUGACGUCCCUUUUCCUGACAAAACACACACAAUGGUACACCCUCCGACGUGUUGAAUAUGCCUUAGCCAGAUAGGCAUACAAAAAGAGAUUGGUUUUGUGCAAUCACAUAUGUCUCAGGGAUGUCCUGAAGAGAAAGACGCAAUGACCUAGCGUCAUUGAUUAGGUCUUCCAACCCAUUACUGUAGAGAGUUACUGAUUGCGAAG